CAUAUUUCAUUGCGUUCCACUUGGCAAACAGUGCGUAUCAUAGGUGGAAUGACUCCAGUUCUCUCGAAAUUCAGCCGCGAUACCUACUAAGUUCUACUCUAAUUACCGAGCUGGAUUUUUGGAUAGGCAAGUCAAUGCAAUUAAUUGGCCAGUGUUUUUAUGGAGAGGGGAAGUCGGUAAAUUUGAUAUUAUCCGUAAUUGUAUAAACAUUUGCAGACACGACUUAAUUGGAGAGGAAAGUUGGCUCAGUUGGAGAGUCUUGGCUUAUCCGUGCGCGGUUUUUACUUUCAAUCCAGCGAGUAAACUAAAGUGGAGUUCGAAAGACAACCAAAGGAUCUUUGUCCAAAUCUGCUUAUGUCCUGGAGAUCAAAGGAACAGUCUAUCGAUAUAAGUUUUGGAAAGACCAAUAUAGGAAAUUACCAUCUUGAAGUGAAGCAACACAACUUAAAUUGAGAAGGUUAAACGUCACAACAUCAUUCUUGCUUCCAUUUUACGCCGUGGACUGAGAAUUCAUAACGGCCGAAGCUUCAAGUUUCUUAAUUUGUAUGGCUCAAAAAGUUCGUCAUACGUCGCUCCAAAUGGAUAUUCCAACUAUAAAAUUCAAUUCUAGAACACCGUCCUCUUCGCCUGCCUUGGGCCCACGAUCAGCUCCGUUGAUCAGACAGAGGUCGCGUUCCCUGUGCGGUCUCGACGAGGUACAUGAUCAAAACAGCACUCCUAAGCGAAAUAAAAAAUGUAAGUUCUGCCAUCAUUAUUUUCUGCCUUUUGUAGACGAUGCAGUAUACUUGUUUGUUUGUUUGUUUGUACUGUCAUUGUUUGUUAUGUACUAUUAUUGUAUUUUUUUUUAACUCGACAAUGUUCAUUGACAACGUUCGUUGGUCGAGUAUGUUUUAUUGUCACUGAGGGAAAACCCAGUCCGCGAUUAGUAGACAGGUCUCUUUUCCGUCGAUAGCCUGCGUAGCAGGCGCUUGAACUCAAUGGCAGUCUCAAUGGGGGCAUGUCUCCUUCGAGGCCCCGUUCUUUCAAAUCCCAAGCGCCUGCCACGCACGUCGAAAAUAAACAUGGUCUAGUACCAAAAUAAUACUUUUUAUGUCACCUAGGACUUAAGGAAAUGUAGUUAGAGAUUAAACGAGUUAACACGUAAAAAUAGUUAUUCUGGCCAAAAAUUUCCAUCGCCGAAGCAUUAUAGCCUUUCGGUAUGCAGGGACAGCCGAGUCUCCUCAGCAGCCGUUCGUCGCUGGAGUCACGCAAUGCUCCCUGCCCCCGCUCUUGAGUGACAAUCUCUUUUAACGUGCCUCUGAACAGGGUAUUUUUAUCCUCAAAAGCCCUCCAAAAUGGGUUCUGGAAAAAAUUUCCCUAAACGAGGUUCUAGAAAUGGGCCAAUUUUUAGCAGAAUUCGCCCCAAAACUGAUUCGUCGCUGGGCCAAUGUUUUAUACUCAGUUCUAGGAUGCAACAAGCAAUGCAUUGAACCGUAUUUUUAAAAGCCCCCUGUCCUUGAAUACUUUCAAAUGGCUGCCAACAAAAUGGAGCCUUCUUUAACGUUCUAGCCUCUGAACAUGGAUACCCCGUUCUAAAUGGUUUUCAUAAGAAGGUUGGUAUGAUGUAUGGAGGUUUUAUAUUGGUACAGAAAUAAGGUUUCACUAUUUAGUGUUUCUCUUUCGACUGGAAGCCUUUUUUAAGGCUUGGCAAUGAGAGCCCGAAAGUUUCAUUUCUAAAGAAAAGGAAUAAGCGUCAGAAAAUAAACAGUCGAAAACAGGGUCAGGGCCCCUGUGGCAAACCACUACCUACACUUUCUUUAUGCCCCCUCCCCCCCUUCCCUGCCCCCUAUCCCCUUUAACACAGGGGACCUGUUCCUUUCCGCCAUCUUUUUUUAGCCUCGAUUUGAAAUUACCGAGCUGAAUUGUGGGAAGAUAGAUGGUAAACACUCCACUUGCUUUUUGAAUAUUUUCGUACCGAUUUUCUUUGUUUGGCAAAUGAAGGUCGUUAGAAUGUCUGCUGCGUAAUCGGAUUUUGAAAAAUCGCUUUUUAAAUCUCUCUUGAUGACCUCUAAAACCUACAUUAUCAAUCGAGAAAUAGACCUGGGGAAACGAAUUUUGCUGGCGAGGACAUUUCGCCAUCAGUGUGAUGUAUUAACAUUUCGAAAGCGUCUUCGAAUUCUCCGCGAAGACACGUUAAAGGUAAGGCAAAUUGAUUCAGUUCUUGCUGAGGCAGGCUUUUACGUUGAUAUAAGGCUUGUGUAGUUGUAAAUUUAAUCACAAAAACGAAUAAUUUAAAGGUUUGAGUUUUUGGUUUUUGUCACGUGCGCGUACCUCCUGCUCACUCAAAAUUAAACCUAAGAGACGUAGAAAUAAUGUCAGGUUUUUACCAAAAGCGAAUUUUAACCAAUACUAAUUUUCUUUAUCUUGCGUAACUAUCGAUUUAGCACUUUGCUGUGAAUAAAAAGCCGGUUCUUGUAUACAAAUUCCUGCUUGAACGUGACCGCGGAGGUCACCUUGAAUACGAGACCGGCUUUAGCUCGGUGAUAGACAGCCCAUCGAUCGAUACUCAGCUGAGAUCAUUUCGUCACAAGUUAUCAUUUAUUCAUGAUUUCAGCAAGACGACGAAUAGUUUCGGCUUUAUAAUUUAUUUCAAUCAAUUACGUUGUUGAUGUCGAUGGAAAGCGUAGUUCAUCGAAUUAAGUCGUGCAGAACUGGCGCAUGUCGUCAAUACAUUUAACUCGCUGGUCGCUCGUCCAUAAAUGCAGGUAAAUACAACAAACGUUGCCUCUUAUCUCUAAGUCUUUUUAUUUUAUUCAACGUUUUCCUUUUUGUUUCGCUCGUGAAGAUUGAUUCUUCGAUAUAGACAAGAAACGACGCGGUUAACAAGCGUAUUUUUUUGCCUUUCGUAAGCCUUAUUAUGCUCUCAAAUGGUUUCUUAUUUUCAACGCAAUGGUGCGUGACGGUAAACAUAUUCGGUUUAUUCAACUGAAAAAUGCAUCGACUUUAAGUUUUCUGUUAUAUAUGUAUUUCGUUGAGCCACUAUUUUUGACAUUCGAAGAAAUUUUGUACAUAAAAAUGUAGUAGAUGUGGAUUCAGACGUCAUCUUAUAUUUUGCACGGCUGAGUCAACUUUGUUUGAACUCAUGCAUUAUCUCGGAAAAUGUAAGCUUAUAUACAAAAAAGGGAAAAAUAAGUUAUAUGUAAGCUUAUAAAAAUCUUAUCAUCAUUUUUCUUUCCAUCAUUUCUCCAUGUGAACGUGUAGGAGUAAAUGGCAUUAUUAACCAGAGAGGUGAUUUAAAUAUUUUUACUGCAAAUAUGGCAACACCUGUUUAAUAGCCUAAAAUAAAUGCAUGACUCUGGUUUGUGAAGUGUUUUGCUUUGUGCAGCCGCUGUAAAUUAACUCCUAUUGUCGAAAAAAAAAAAAAAAGAUUCUUUAUUAUAAUAUGCUGUAAAGCAUAUUCUCUCACGUGGCCAGCAUCCAUGCAAACUUAUGGAACAAAAGAAUUUUCUUACAUAAGAAAAGAGUCUAACUCCCACAGGAUUUGUUUGGAACACCAAUAUGGCUGUCAUAACAUCAUGUGAUUACACUCUAUAAAACUUUGUUAUUACAAAAUGCACUGACUCGAGUAAGGUUUUACAUAAUGUGUUGAUCAAACACAGACACUUCCAGCUAUGACAUUUUGAAUGCUGAAUCCCUUGGAAUUUUGUUGUAAAACGGAGUUAGCAACUUGAGCAGACACCAUUUCAAAUGCUUGAUAGAGGAAGGUCUAUUUAACAAAUAGAUUCCGUGUUGACGUGCAUCUGUUCAGUAAGAGAUCACAGACUAUGUCAAAAUGUGGUAAUAAAAACAAAGAAGUGGCACACGAGCUGCAGACGAGUGUGUCAGUGAUGUUUUUACUACAUUUUGACAUCUUCUGUGAUCUAUUACUGAACAGACCCACAGCAACAUGGAAUCUAUUUGUUUUGUAUAGAAUGCUCCAAACAGUAUUAAGACCGAUACGCAUAGUACCUGCAUUGUACUGAUGACUGUUCAUGGAUUUGCUUUUAGGUCCCAAAUGCUACUUUUUGUCUUCGCUUGUUCUUUUCUUCUUGAUCUUACUUGUACACAGUUUCUUUGAAAAGUUUUUCAACGUCUUCACUUGCUCAAAGCAUAAAAAUGUUGAAAAUGUUUUGAAAAACAGCGAGUCUCUCUUAGUGAUGACACACAAUGGCAACUGUUGUGAAGAUUUCUUGUUGUUUAGGCAUUCUCAGGUUGUCAAGAACUCUUUUUGUCUCCAUUUCUUUAUUUUUCUUCUUUGUAAACAGCCCCUUCUAAACUUUUUCCCAGCCUUUCACUUGUUAAUUAAUCCGAAAUUAUGUCACAAAUAUUUUCAAAACCGCACACCAUGUUGAGCAAAACAAAGAAAACAAGUUUGUUUCUUUUGAUGUCAUCCAUUGUAUCUGUACUCUAGUAGAUCAUGGGCAACACCGAUCACCAAUCAUUCACAUGGUUGUAUAAAUUACUAAAUUAUUUGCUUUUGUCAUACAUGUACAUGUACAACAAAAUCUCCAGUUUGAUUGGGUGUUGACUAACCCCCUUUAUAAUGUCACUUUUAUCAUGAAGGAGAUAGUGUAAUAACACAUGUUUGAUAUAAUUUAUUAUUAUAAUUCUAACAUGACUUAACAUUUGUUGAGGUUUUUUUUGUGUGCUGAAUUCUCUUCUGGGAAUUGCCAGACAGUGGAGUUGUGAAAAAUUUGCAAUUUUGUCCCUAAAGCCUUCGAGUUAUGCUAGAAUUUUAGUAUAUUGAACAUGGGCUGUUGGACAGCAUGCACCAUGCAUAAGUAUUUGGACAGUUUGUAUAAUAUGGUGUCUGGUUGCUUUUGCCGCGGUAGACAGUUGGCUUAAAUGUGUUCCUUCUUUCUUACAUGUACAUCAAAAAGCAUGGAAUUUUAAUUAAUGGUUCUAAUGGUUCAUUACACCUUUUGACAUUUUAUUAUAACCUAAUGCAGGGUUGCACAUCCAACUUCCCAAGAGAAGUCCUAGAUCACUGAACGGCAGUGCAACAUCCUUGUCCUCUUUGGAUGCUGUAGGCUCGCAUUCUCCAUCUUCCCCUCGCAGCAGCAAACCAUUCAGUAAGUAAAAAAUUAAUGUUGCUGUAAAUUAUUAUUAUUAUUAUUAUCAUUACAUUUGUAUUAUUAUUAUUAUUAUCCUUAUUAUCAUUAUCAUUAUUAUUAUUUAGUAAGGAUCUGAGGUUAAAGAAUCAAAAGCUUCAAGCAGGGUUUUCAAUAAGAGCUGGUGGCCGGCGAAAAUUCACUGACUAUUUCACUUGAACUUGCCGCCAACUUUUCUUUGAAAAUUAUCCCAGUUUAAAAAGAGUAUUCAUGUGCUGUCAAUUAAUAGAAAAGCCAAAAUUUAAUAAUGUAUUUGUUCUGCUCAAACACUCUAAUUUUUACUCCACAAUGCUGGAAAUGUAUUCUAAGAAGCCCAGAUUUUAAAAUUUUUCCAGAAACUCAUACCUUCAGCGCUCACAAGUCACACCUUUGCCGGAAGUUUUUCCUUCUCCACUGACUCGAAAGCUUUUGCCAUCUACCUUAAAUCUGAUUGAAAACCCUGUCAAAGCUGCAAACAAGAAUCAAUCAUUGGACAACAUCUUUCAAAACUUUGCCAAGGCUCAAAGAGAUACUGCCAGCAGAGGGAAAUGAACACAUCAAAUUUUCCAUCUGUUUGGUUAAUUAAGACUUUCAUUUCCAGACUUUCAAACCAGACUUUCAUAGCAAUUAAAGAAACAUUAUUGGUAGACAUACACUGUAAUGUAUGUUUGACAAUUUUUUUUUGUUUGUUUUAUCAGACUUUAAUAUAUGUACAGCUGUAAUUCUAACCUGCAGUGGUAAGGUUUGCAGACAUAAAGCUGGUUACGGUAGUUAAUGUUUUUACAAUCAGCAGGUUUUUUGAACCUAUACUAAGUGGCUUGAGCCUUAAUGAUACAUUCAUAGGGAAAUUUCGAAAUUGAAGUCAGACUGAUAAAUUUUAUUUUUUCAGCCAUUCAAAAGUUAUUUGGUAGGCAUAAAGAGAAUCAUGGCGCACACAGUGGGAAGGAAGAUUCAGAGGUAAUUAGUUUUAAAUUUCAAAUCCUGUAAACUGCAGCUUACAAGUAUAAACCCCCCAACUUAUAAGCCUCCAGUCAUAGGCCCAACUACCUGUAAACAAUAAAUUGUACAUAUGGGAUGGAAGGGGGGGUUGACAUGAAAUUGUGAUGAGGAGGAGUGGGAAUACUGUCAAAGAGACUGUUUACACACAAUUUUUCUGCUUACAGGUAGGGGGGGUGGAUUGAUACUAAAUUUUGGUUUGGGGGGGAUACUGCCAAAGAGGCUGUUUACAAAUGUACCUCUACCUGUUAACAAAUGGGGGGGUUGACAUGAAAUUGUGGUGGGGGAGGGGGAGUGGUAGUGGGAAUACUGUCAAAGAAACUGUUUACAAAUGUACCUCAAAUGUAAGCAAAAAAUUUCGUAUGAGGUGGGGAGGGGUGCAGAUUGGAUGGGUUGAUACUAAAUUUUGGUGGGGGUGUUUCCAGUUUUUAAAUCUUUAGAGGUUGGUCCAUCUUUGAAUUACUGCUAAGCAUCUCAAAAAUCAGUCUGGUUUUAAAGAUCCUUAUUGUGUAGAAAAUUCGUACUGUUAUAUGAAAACAAAGAAAAAAUAUAAUGAUUUUUUUUUACACAGAGUGAAGAUAACAUUGCAAAGACAAAACUAAAUGUGCCAGUAGAAAGACAGAAACAGUUCUCUAAAGUCCUGGCUGAGAUAAGAGAAAGAGCAAUGCCUUCGUCGUGAGUUUACAUGAUUGCACUUGAUUUAUACAAAACGUUAUUGUUAGCACUGGGGGGCAGGAGGUGGGAGGAAAGGGGCUACUCAACAAAUGUUUAUAAGGAGAGUUUCCGCCUGAUGUCCGACCCCUUACCCUUUUAUACAAUGUACACCAUUUUUGACCGAAAAGGUACCCCUUUUGGAUACCUCUUAUUGACAAAUGGUACCCCUUUCACAUACUACAUGUAGUUUAGAGCUCUAGUACAUUGUGUAAAUGUACAUCCCCUUUAACUGCUGUAAAAUGCACCUUCUUUUAAUAAGGGCUGUGGUCCCUGACGCCCAACUUUUGCUCUGGGCACCCUGAUUUUACAGGUGCAGAGCACUGGGCUCCGUUCAAUUUUCCUUAGGGCUUGUUACUAAUGGAUAUAUAUCACUAAGCAAGGAUUACACUGUUUUUUUUUUAGUCUUUUUCACAGCCAUUAAAUGCACCUGUUAGCCCUUUUACAUUAUGUGGGUCAUUAUGUGAGUUUCUGGGUCAUUCAAAGACCACAAUGCAUGGCAGAUUUCCCUACCCUUUUAUAUACUUCGAGUUACAUGUAACUCUCUCUUUUUGGGGGGGAUUUAGCUUGGUCUCAUCUCGAUCUCAUUUUCUUGGCUUUUAGUCUUGGGAGGCGUCGCAGCAAGACUCAGGAGCCACAAUCAGCAGACUCUCGUUACAGUGGAGACAGUGACAGUGGGAGUCGGGCUCGAGGUGUCACCUCUGGAGUGUUUCCCGCCUCAGACCAACUUCCACGAGGGAGGAGUGCUACAGCACUGUCAUUAAAUGAGGACGAUUCUGCUGACGUUGACUCUGUAUGUGAAUUUAAAUUGGUGUUUGCUUUUCCUCCCAUUUUGGCCCCAUAACCAUUACUUCAUUCCCCUUCGGCUAGCGCCAUAUUUAGGCUAGUUACUAGUGCUGUUCUGUUUAAAAGUUGCUUUUCUAAGGCUGUUUUGUGUUGAGUUAUCAGACAUCAAAUAGCUACAAAAUACUAUAUAUCUAUAUACAUAUGAAAUUGAGAACUUAGUUGGACAAGGCAAAUUUAUGUUGAAAGAUCUCAGUGAAAAAUAAUUUAUAUUCUUUGGCAUAAAAAAGUGAUGUUUCAUUGUAAUCGGUGGUUUUCUUACAUGUACAUGUAUUUUGCAAAAAAGAUAUGGAUAACUUUGGGAAUUCAACUGUCGAUGACAAUCUUACAUGUACAUGUAGAUUUUGCUGUUGUGUUCAGAAACUUGACAACAUACACUGUAGGUGUGGUCACAAUUAUUUGGGAUGAUUGUGGAUAGACAUGAUUGUAUGAAAACAAGGCUUUAUUAUUUUGGGUGCAUUGUACAUUGUCCUAAAUAAAAGCACAAGAUCAUCCGUGUGUUAAGCACAUGACUGUCACUUGAGUUAUCUUUUGAUCCAGACUGCAACAUUUAGUUUACGUUAUUUUGGUAGUAAGUCACAGGUACUGCUAAAGAUUUUAGGACUUAAAUAAAAAUUAUGGAUAAUCUUCUUUGGAUGACAAGACAUCCUUUAUGUGAAUUAUACAGAAUAAUGGAUUUGUGAUCUCCACACUCAAAGGGGUGCAUGGUAUGCAGUUAAGUCUUAGGUUCUUUUAAAUUCUUCUUUUGGUUACAUGUAACAAGGAAAUAUGAGGCAAUCCAGUUUAUCAAAAUUUACUUUUGUAUACGCCUUUUUUCUCACAAACUCCUCAGUUAUUUUGUUUUUAAGUUGAAUCAUUGCCCUAACAGUUUUUCGAUUUGUAUUGAAUUAAUUCAUGUUGAAUAGGUAAAGUAGACAUACUGCCAAGUACAAUGAGUAAACAACAUACAGUCAUGUAUGACUUGUUAAGAAGGUAAAGUUAACAAAGCAUUAACUUAAUUCUUCUUCCCUUAAAAGUUGGAUGGAACAUUUAGUUCUCUUGAAAAGGAGAGUGGAACAGAUGAAGUUGAUGCUGCGCAGUUUGACUCUGAGGUAAUGUUUGGCACUAACCUCCUUCAGCGUGCAAAGAAAGUCUGGGGCUAGUGGAUUUUACUAUCAGGCUAGUGUUUUUUGUUCUUAACUUGCCCGACGGGCAAGUGCUGUUUUGGGGGGAAAUUCAAAUUACAGAAGGAUUGUAAUCAAUCCUGCUAAUGAAAAAGGGUUUUUGGGCUAGUUGAAAUGACUUGUGGGCUAGCACAUGCUAGCUACAGAUUGCCCGAAUGGCAGGCUGUGAAACUGAGUUUCUUUGCACCCUGCUCCUAUCACUCACCAUGCACACUGUACAGUGUAUGUGGUAUUUUGUAUAAAUUUGUAUCCUCAUUCCCUCACUAAAAAUAUGAGGCCCAUUUUUUAGUUGAGUUGCUGACGUGUAUGCAGUGCAGCCAAGCAGUUGUAAAUACCAAAGUUGUCGUCAGUGUUUUCAUAAAGUGUUUCUUUUUUUCUGUAGAAAAGGAGGCAAAGAAUAGAGCACUUAAACCACAAGAUCAAGAAAACUAAAGACCAAAUCCGACAACUGCAAGAGGAAAGAGAUGGUAUGAUCAACAGCAAAAAAUCAAUCAUACAUGUACUUGUUCUUUAACCUUUUCACUGCCAAAUUUAGCCAAAAGCAAAUUUCGACCAAAUUUCCAAAUUUCAUUUUGUGAAGUUGUGUAAAACAAAUAGCACCAUGUGUAAGUAUAGGCAGAGAGCUUUCAUUUGAAUGGUCACAUCAUAGGAUUUGGUCCGCAGACUCAAAAGUUAGAGUCACCUUACAAAACUCCAUCAAGCACUCUGGUGGUGAAGGGGUUAUUGACCACUGAAAAUCUCGAUGAGUUUAGUUAUUAUUUUCACUUAGAUUACUGCAAUUUACAGCACAGUACCUCUUUUUCUUCUCAGUUUGAACCGAUGAACUGAAUGUAAUGUUGCCCAAUUUCUAUUUAUACAUGUACUGUCUUUGUCUUCUGUUUUUGCCAGCUUGAGUGUAUUUAGCCUCACUUACAUGUAACUUAAGGUUUCUUGGAAUCAUUCUUAGUCUUAAGCCUGCAAUGAAAAACAACCAAAAAAUAUUAAUUAGUAUAGGUAAUAGCAUGAUUUGCAGUGAUAUUUGGCAUAAAUAUCAUGAGUGAUAUUUCGAAAUUGUUAUACGUAAUUUCACGAGCCGUUAGGCGAGUGAAAUUUGAGACAAUUUUGAGACAUCACAAGUGGUAUUUAUGCCAAAUAUCACGCACAAAUCAUGCUAUUAUUUGUUUAUACUACUACCCACAAAAGGUUUGUAAUUUUCACAUGUAGGUAUUUCAAAUUAAGCUGAAAUACCACUGCUCUAAACCCAUUAAAUUGCAGAAAUUUCUCAUGUAGUGGUAUAAAUGUAAGUAAUAACUGCUUAUGCCACAGUGAAUUGUGAAGCGUACAUGAUUGCAGUGCGUUGGUGCGUUGAGUUAAAGAAUGAUCAAGCAUUAUAUUUGUUGUUUUUUUGCAAUUUCUGAAAUUUUUACAGAGUUUGUAAAGGAGUACUUAGAAUCAACUGAAGGGUCACAAAAAUCAAAGUAAGUGAAAACUGAGUAUUGUGGUGUGCGUAGCUCCGCAUUCCAUCCAUGUAUGCACUGUUCUUAAGUUGUUACAUCUUUGUUAUUAUUGAUUCUCUAUAUUCUUAAUAACAAAUUAUUUGGGAGCUUCAGGUUAUGCAACCACAACAGUGGCAAUGGCAACGAAAGGACAUUUUUGGUUAUAUCAUUUCCGAAAAGGGAACUGGAGCUGAAAUAUGUCCCGCUAUUGUUUCUGGGAUUGUAACAGGGCGGUCAGCUAUUGGCCAUUUUUUCCCCUGUCUCUUGGCAAGUGACAGUCCCAGAAUCCUUUUCAAAAGUAGCGAAUUGUUUCCUUAGACAAAAAAGUUAUCUGAACCCAAAACGGAUACAGGCAAAAUGAAUCUGGGGUAGCCUGCCGAUAGUUGAAGUUGGGAACAGUUUUCCUAGGCAUCAACAGACGUCCUUAUGUAGAUUUUACAUAACGUGAAACCUGAAAAAGAAUUUAUUGACAAAAUUUAAUAAAUCAGAAGGAAAGACAAUUAACGUUUUGUUUUAUUUCUUUCAUGCUUGCCUCGUCUCUUAGAACUCUGUUUGAAAAGAAGAAUCAGAAAACAAAUUCCCAUAUUGCACAGUUACAGAAAAAGCUGGAAAAGUGUCACAAUACUUUGAUGGUGAGUUUAACCAUUUAGAGUGACUGUCAGCUUGAACUUCAAAUUACACCGUGAAUUACAUGCUCUUACACUACUUUAUACUCGAUCACUUUUAUCGCGCGCGCACCACGGGUAAGAAAAUUUGGAAUUGGUAACCUAUGCAUCCUAGAAAUUUUAGUAGUCACGUGACCGUACUUCCGCCCGUCCGUCCGCACCACAGGCACACCAAUAUAAAAUAACUCUAUCAACAGGUGUGGCAGCCCAAACGCAACUCAAGGUUUCAUUUGGUAGGAAAUCGCAUGACCGCCCGGACUUUUAGAAAGAAAAAACAACAAUAAAGUCGUGUCUUUUUCGACGUUAUUUUUGACGUUUACACUCACGUGGAUAACAGAGAAAGAGCGAGAGCGAGUGACUGAAAACAAAGGCGACGAAUUUCGUGGGAAGAAAAACAUGAAAAUCUCAUAGCGGCGGUGAGAAAAAGAGAAAUGCUAGCGGCGAGCAAGGUGAAAAUGAGCGGCAGUGAAAAAAUAAAAGCGAACAUGAACACAGGAAACAAAAUCUUUGGUAAGCACAUACCGGUACGACAAUUAUACCAUAAAAAUAUUUUGUAACUUUUUUGUAAAGUUUGAUGUUUUAGUCGUGCAAAACGGCGUUGUAGUCGUGCAAAACAACGGCAAAGAAAGACAAAAAAGGGUGGUGCACGUGCAAAUUUGUUUUUUUGCUAGCUAAUUAGAAAAAAAGUGUGCUGCACGUGCAAAUUUUGUUUUUUUGCUAAUUAGAUCUAUUGAUCUUGAUGCCAUUUUCAUUGCCUUCCCCGUUUAGCAUUACACGAUUUUUUUUUUGAAAAUAAACGCCCCCGCUUGGACCCCUAAAAUUUAAUAGACACCCCGAACGUUUAUUGGGUCAUUUACGGUGAUUUUAGAGUGCUUUUUGUUAACCAGUGGAUAUCCUAAGGGUAUCCAUAGGGCUUUGCAUUGACAGAGAUCGGCUCUUCGGCUCAGAGGCCCGUUUCUCGAAAGUCCCGGUAACUUUUCGGGCCCGAAAUCAAAUAUUCAAAUUGAAAUAUAAAGAAUAGGAGCGCCGGUCCUGGCUUUGUUUCAUUAACUGAUAGUUUAAUCAUGUUAGAUGCAAAACUAUUGAAACCUCAAUCUUUAAUGUUAACGGAGACAGCUUACAGGGCCCGUUAAUUAUCGGGACUUUCGAGAAACGGCCCCCAGACCCGAACUCACUGCCCCAUAUGAAAACGACAUAGUUCGUUGUUGCCGAAGGCGAAAGGCUUCUGAGUUGUACAUUCAGUCGCCCAUCCUCGUGGGUGAACCCUGGGUACGAGGUUGUCAGGCUCACUUUCGCUGCGAAAGCAUCGACAUUUUUACAUUCUUUAUGUCGUGUAUAUGCGCUACAACUAUCUCGGUCAUAAGUAAUGGGGCGGUUUAAAAGGCGGUUUUCAGUUACUGAUGAUAAACGAAGAACGUUGCCGGUAAAUCGCUCGUCUUGCGUGGUAUAUCCCGUGGGUAUAUUGUCUUUACCCCAAACUUCGCUGUCUCUAGCAGGGGCUUCUGUGGCGAGCAGUCGAAAUAUGGAUUGCAGUCUGUUCCAAAAAGUCGCCUUCAAAGGCGUUUUACGUUGAAAACCCAGCCAUUAUGUCAAGUAUCGUGGUGAAUUCGAAAAUUAAAUUGAAUACUGUUGUUUAUGAUUCUGUUGUUUCUUACUUAUUUUCGCUGAAACGUUAUUUGUAUUGUCUACGUCGAAGAAGUGUUAACUUCUGCUAUGUCCUGCAUUAAAUACUCACAUUAAAAUUAGGAAUUAUAGCUCUUGGUAAUCUUUUCGCUUAAAGUGAAUCGCAUACAGUUAAAAAUCUUAAAUGUUUACUCAAGUUUGGGCUAGGAGAUAAUGUCACAGUUUUUCAAUGACCAUGAAAUUCAGUUUCCGGGUAGUUAGUUAAUCAAUUGUGGACCUGAAAAAAUUUGAAGGAAAAAAAAACUACGAAUUUUUAAGAAAAUGCUUUUUUCGUGAGAAGGACUCUUAAACGCUGACAAACGUCAACAAAUAGCGAAAACUAUAAUUUCUAUAUGUUUGCUUUGCUCGAAAUCGCGCGCAUUUACAAGGCCCUAAAGCUUUUGCUGACUUGCAAGGACCCAUCUGUUAUAACGAUCCCCAAAAUAAAGGGAUAAGUCUCAUAGUUUAUUAGAUAUAAUCGUGUACAGUUUGCUUAUCAUUUUCGCAUAAAUUAUGAGUUAAAUUUGGAAACCGCUGAAUUUCUCGAAUUGGGUCUUUGCGAUUUUGGUGAAACUCUGUUCAGCGCAAGGCACUAAUGCGCACUAUGUGUAGCCGAGAGAUUUUCACGAAAAAAUGCCGGCAACAGCAGAUUUUCGACUCAGACCUCAAAGGGGCGUGGCAUUAUAACCACGUGACAUUUACUCCGAUCGCCAAAAAUUUUAUGUUAUAUUGUAGAUUGAUCUAUAUGUUAUCCAUUCCGUGUUAGACUUACGAUAAAAGUAAAGGUGGGGAUACCGGAGAGCUUCAAAGUAGGAUGGUACCCCCCCAAAAAAAAAAAAACUGGGUCGAGUCACCUUAAGCUUUCUAUUAACACUCCAACCCGCCAAAAAAGAGCGUUACUAUUUUACAUUGCCGUCCUUGUUUUUGUUUUCUUCUAGGAGUUGGAAAACCCUGGAUCAGCUCCCAGUGGACACAUCGCCAAAGAAGUGUUCAAGUAAGCAUUUGUAACAUCAUAAGCUCAUGUGGUCUUAAUCUUAAUUUCCAGACUGCUGCUUGAAUAAAUUCUGCUCGUAAAAUGGCAUAUUCUGCCUGCCGGCAGUGCUCGUGAAAAUCUCUUAUUCUGCUCAAAAUUCUGCUCGGGCAACCUUAGUCUGCUCGUUUUUGUUUUCGCAAAAAUAAUGUAGAAGGGAGCCUGGGCCUAGCCCCUAAAAACUAAUUAGAUAUUGAUUAUGCGUAGCAAAAUUGUAAUUCAUCUUACUUUUAAUGUGAGUGCGUUGUAGCUAUUAAAUAAUUAAAUUAAUCACAAUGUAUUUUCCAUUUGUUUUUUAUUUAGUUUUAAAUUUUUCUGUCAACUGAUAUUCAUAUUAUUAGUGCCGCUGAUUUUCCCUUAUUUUGCUCAUAUUCUGCUCGAAAAUGCCUUAUUCUGACGGCAGAAUGCUCGCCUAAAAAAUCGCUUAUUCUGCUCGAAAUUCUGCUGGCAGAAUUUAUCCAAGCCUACUGCUUGGACUGAGGCUUUAAAUGAUAUUUUAACCGUCUGUUUUUUUCUUUUACCCUAGGGGCGUCAAAGAAAAUAUCCGAGGAAUUUCAGGGUGAGUCGUAGAAUCGCUAUCAUCAUUUGAGGAUUCAGAGAUUUAAUGACGGUUCUAACUGGCACAUGACUGUACGUGGGCAAUUGCGAUUAAAAACGAGUUAUGACAAAAUAAUUCUUUUUCUCGUAAAAAAAAGAUAUAUCCUUUUAGGUCUAAAAUGUAUAAAAUCAGUGGCACUUAGUGAUAUCUUUAGGGACGUUUAUCUUACAUUCUCCCAAAUAAGCCAAAUAAAGUGUAAACGUUAGAGCUGAAAAACUCCCGCAUGUGAAACUUUGCGCGUCACAGAAUUGUAUGGUAAUCACAUUGAUUCCUGAUUAAUUUUUUUUACGCCUUAAAGCUUGCUAUGGAAAAACACAAAGGAAGACAACGGCUAUGAUUUGUCUCGUUUUUGAGAAAUGUUGAAAUUCUGCUCACCAGGAGGCUCAAAUCGAAUAUUUAUUCUAAUUCCAAUAACUAAUUACAAAACGUAAUGUCAAUCACCAAUGUUUUGUGUUACUGGGAGAAAUAUAGUUUGGGUUUAUUGUGAAUCGAAAUUCAAUUAUUUGGUGACCAAUUUACGACUUGUUUUAAUUCGCUACUACUAAAGUAUCUUACAAACAAAAGAAGGCAGACUUGCUUGUUUUCUGCGCCUAGGAUUAUGCAAAUGUCAAACUCCAAAAAAAACUCAUCUAUGUUGAAUAAUUCAUUAAUUCGAUAGCUGACAAAUAUUACUUGUCUUUUGUUUUCAUCGUCAAAAAAUUGAAUUGUUCGAUUAUGGAGUGCGGAUUGUUUCAUUCCUCAUCUUCCGGUGAAAAGAGGAUUUUCCGUUAAUCCUGGCGAUUUUUAUAUGGCAACGGUAAAACCGUCACGAUCUUUACCGAAGAUCUCUGUCAACGAAACGAAUGGCGAGGGAAUCGAAGUCCUACCGUCGGCUUUUUUAACUCCAAAGUGCGGACGAAAUCUGCGGACAACUCUUCAGAAGCAUAGAUCGCUCUUUUGGCCGUAAGUUAAACUUGAUGAGAAAUUUAUAUUCAGCAAAUUUCCCGUUUGGCUUAUGUUAGGGUCUUUUUGGUUUUUUAACACUGAAGUAAUCAGUUUUCACUUUGUGAGUGAAUAGGGGCGUACUAUAACUGGAAAUUUCCAUUAAUAAUGUAGUUACUAACAAGAUUUUGCUCAAAAUUCGAUAUAAAAGAAAUAAGUUAGUGAUUUUUUGGUCACACACACAAUCAUCGCUGGACUUUCGAUGGAGUUCUAGAAGAAGACGUAAAUAAAAUGUCUCUCAAUUCUGCUUUUUUUUAAUUCCUAGCGAUAUUUUUGAAAGCAUAUGUACGUGAUUUAUUUUCCUGCAAAAUUCUGAGCAUUUCGGAUCAGUCGGAGGGUAUUAUGAAUAUUAUUCUUCGCAGCGUCAAUAUCGUCUGUUUCUGCAGCAGGCUAACUUUGUUGACAUGCGUUAACGUUGUGUUUGCAUAGGUAGUAGCCUGCGUUAACUUUCAAUACAUGUACCGUUCCGAUGAUCUAUUAAAUGCGUGAAAAUUAUCUAUUUUUAAAAUUAUUGACCCUUAUGAGGCAUUAGGUGCGAAUAUCAUCGUUAAUUUAAACAAUAUCUAUGCGCAUUGUACUUUCUCUAUAGUGAAGUAAUGUUGAAAAGCUCAAUCUUAUCUUCCCUAUGUGCAAAUUUAUCUCGGUACAAUGUAUCCGCUGGUUAGUCAUGCACAUUUCUGGCAGAUUUUUGUUUUUCCUAGCAGGGUUCCAAAGAACGAAAUAAAAUAUGUGUUGCUGUGGUGCGUGGUCUCUCGAAGUUAUAUUUCAUUUCUAUUAUAAUGAAGAUGUUUCUUUGUUCCUGCAAAAGCGAAGACGUGAUCUCAUUUCUCUCGGCGUAUGUCAAUUUGCCUUGGAAACGCAGACCUUGACCGCUAUCAACCAUUAGUGGAUUAUAUAUAAUAUCAACGUUUUCCUAGUGCUUGAUAAAUGUUGUGUAUUUUUUUUCUUUUUCCUCAGGGGUGUCAGAGAUGGCGUUAAGGGGUGAGAUUUUACUACUGAUUUUCCUUUGUGACUAAUGCCCCAUACACUUUGAAGUUUAAAAGCUGUUCAGUUAAACACGGUUUUAAUUUUUUUCCUUCAACAGCUGCUUACUGACUGUUAUCGAUGGCAAAUUUAGCCUAAUUCACAGAAAAUGUUCAAAUUAAUUUGAUUCCUGUAUGAAAGCCUGUGUUCUCUCGGCUGGGCUACCUUUUCAUUUUAUUUUUUUAACUGAACUAGCCUGCGAAUACGCUCUUCUCACUUAUGGUAAUAUGCCCGUCUAACCUCGUUUACGGGUAAAAAUUCUUUUGAAAUUCAGAUACGAAAACGUCGUCUGAUUAGCAUUUCAAAAGACUUUUUACUCAAAAACGAGGUUAGACGGGCAUAUUACCAUACGUGAGAAGAGCGUAUACGGCCGUUUCUCUUAACUCCUCGCCGCCAGGGACGUUUCGCCAGGAGGAACGUCUGCGAAUUCGGUAGUCAUGGGGUUCCAAAUGCUAACUUGUUUGACUUUGUGUUUCUCCUGGUCGAUUAUGGUAAAGUUUUGUGGUCUUUUGCGAACGAGCUCCAGCAAAACUCAGACGCUUUUUGUAAAGAAGAAUGUAUUCUAGGAUUAUUGACUGAUAGAUUCAUCACGUUUACAUUUGGCCUUUGUGGCCUUUUGUCUUCUGUCUGUCACUCGUAACAAUAGGUAAAACAAUAUAACUACUACGUCGUCCAAUCAGAGCUCCUGAACAGAUUCCGGACAGAUUUUACGUCAUCAGUAUGUAAUUUCUGUCGCUAAGUCGCAGAUGUUCGUCCUCGCAAAACGUGCUUAGCGGCGAGGAGCAAGGAGGAACGGCUGUAUUCUGAGGCUAAAACUGAACCUGUUGUAGGCCGCGUCCACACAAAUCCGGACAUUUUUUUAAACCGCAUAUUCUUUCACCCAGAAUCGUGUGGACAGGGUCUUAAACCGGUUUCUAAAAGAUGCGACUCGGUGAGCGGAUUCACCGAAAGUCGUGUGGACGCAAGGUCGAUUCGUGUAAAAACAAUAUGCGGUUUCAAAAAUGUCCCGAUUCUUGUAGACGGGGCCUAAAUUAAAUUUGGUGUGAAUGGGGCAUAGUGCAUACCCACUGCUGCUUCAAUAACAUUGUAAGGCAGUAAAAUUUAUACACCAUUCCCCAGUCUUGAAAUUUUGAGGGGAACAUUCAUCAAACAGAGAGCACUCCCUCGUAGUGCAAGUGCGACUUUUUAGCUUUCAUUUGGGCGCUUACCAUUUCGAGUUACAUUCAAGUUACAUUCAAGCUUCCCUUGUUUUGUUUGCUUUAAAUAGAGAAGUCUUAAAGUAAGGGAGGCAAUUGUUGGGGGAUCAUUUCAUUUUGGCGUCCAUGGGACAUUCGGAAAGAAAGAGUGUUACCUACCUUAUUACUCCACUGGAUAUCGAUCUUUUAUCUACCCCCUCCCCCUCAUGAAAAAAUUAACAUAUCAUGCUGCUUACCUUAAAUAAUGUUUGUUAGCUCAUACAAACAGCCAUGAUACUUGAACUUUCCCCCAAUCCCUCAACUUUAAAGUGAUUUCCUCUAAACGUUGUCCCUGGGGUAUUCUCUCGCUAAUGUGCAAUUUACUUCCUCAUUAUAUUUAGAGCGGUUACCAAGCCUCUGGAGAUUAUCAAGCACCGACGGUUUGGCAGCGCAGAGAACGUCAGCACAACCACUCCAAGUCCCGGAUCAAGUACGUAAUAAGUCUAUAAUAAUUGUUGACUGUGGUGAGAUAGACUUCCGUGACACAACCUCGUAUUAAUCUGCGUUGAAAGGAAAGAAUUUUAACCAAAACAUUACGAAAGGGAGCCCAAGUCGCUACGCCAUGCAGUGGGGUUAUGUUGUAGGUAGCAGGGUUACAUGCAAGUCCAUAUUAUAGUUAGGCGGAAAAAGUGUACAUAUCGUGAACAAGGAAUGAGGAAUGAUUUCUUCCUGCCCUGAAACGGUUCAAAGUUAGUAAGGGCAGGCGGCUUGGAGUUCAAACGUAAAGUCAAAGUACAUUGCGAAAAGCGACGUGAACGACUUUGUAGAUGCUUAACGCUAUGGCGGAAAGAAACCUCUGCUCAUAAGGAAAAAUGCAAUGGAGAUUGACUUUAAAACAACACUUAAUUUUCUAAAAGGUGCCGGUCAGCUCGUAUUACUGUGUAACACCGUUUACAGAGACAAGACUGUGACAAGAUGAUUGUUUUGUAUUGUAUAAUAUAUGGACACUCGAUUACCAGCCGCUGGUCUUGUAAUGAGCCCGCACUCAUCUCCCCGAAAGGGUUAGGAGCAGGGGAGUGGAGGGGAGGGGAGGAUAAAGACCGGACCUGGGGCCGGAAAGUCCCGGUAAAUUUUCGUGCCUGGAAAGCUGUUUUAUGUUUUCCAUGUUUACAUUCAAGAUCAAUGUGUAAAUUAACGAAGCAAAAUUGACUGGUUUCCGGGCCAGGGGCCCGUUUCUCGAAAGUCCCGGUAACUUUUCGGGCCCGAAAUCAAAUAUUCAAAUAGAAAUAAAAAGAAUAAAAGCGCGGCUCCUGGCAAGCAAACUACUGCAUUUUGUUUCUUUAACUGAUAGUUUUAUCAUGUUAGAUGCAAAACUAUUGAAACUUCGAUCUUUAAUGGAAACCGAGACAGCUUACCGGGCCCGUUAAUUAUCGGGACUUUCGAGAAACGGGCCCCAGGAACUGUGCUGCUAUUAAACAGGUUUCAAAUCUAAAAUUUGCCUUCGGGCCCGAAAAGUUACCGGAAAUCUCGAAAAACGGGCCCCUGGACCGGACCAGGGAGACGGCAGAAAUCGAGCCUAGCGUUUAUACAGUCGCCGCCAAAUACCGUGGCCAACGUAUUUCUUUCCUUCAAAUUACAGAGAUUGAUGGAUUCGAAGAGGAACCAAGCAGUCCCACUGGAGACGAUAGUCUCAUGGGAGAUUCAAACCCAAGGUAAUAUUGCUUCUAUCGCUACCUAAUGUUUCGCUUAUACUCAACUGGUUGUAGUGCAUUUGAUUGCGCCAAUAUUGUAAUUGUUCUUAACUAAUAUUGCAACAGUAAUGUAUUGAUGUUUCCCUUAUACUCAACUCACUGAACUCUACAUCUCUAUCUUUACAUCAUUGAAGCAUCGUGGUGCGUUUGAUUGCGCCAAUAUUGUAAUUGUUCUCAACUAAUAUUGUAACAGUAUUGUAACAGUACUGUACUUGAUUUUAGGACGUGUGAACGUUGAUGAUCGGACAAGAGGUUACCGUGAGAAUCAAUCCCGUGGUUAGCCCCAGUUACGCUCGUGGUGGUCGCAUAAUGUUUAACCUUUCCUAAAUAGUCUAAGAAUGUUAAGAGGGCAUCAUGCGGCUGAAAGCAACUCUUUUGUUUGCAUUGCAAAACUUGUUUAUCGGUUGAAUAUAUGACGUGCCCGAAUAAACUAGGAUUAUCCCAUGCUGUAGUAGUAUCCUCCCGCUAUACUGGCACAAUACAUUGAUGUUGUAGUAAUAUAAUCCCACUAUGUUGGUACGAUAAUGUGAGUGGUAUUGUUUCUGUUACAGUCCUGCAAGAUACAACAGCGAUGACGACUCAUCUAGUGUGGCUUCUGGACACAUCAGGUAGGUGUAUAUGAAAACCUUGAAACCCAGCAAUAAUAUUCUAUUCUAUCAGAAACUCAUAACCCCUUAUGAGUUUCCGAUUCUAUUUUACUUUAUUUUUGUUAGAGAAAAAAUGAUACUAAGGCGACGACACUCGUUAAAGGGAAAAUGAAGAUUUGCCUCUCUGGAGUGCUCCAGCCUCAAGGCUGGCCUGUGCCAAGGUCUCGGUCAGUGCAGACGAGCGAAAAAAGCAAGCGAGCUAACAACGGCGGGAAGAGAAAAGGCGCCGUGUUGUAAUGUGCGCGCGCGCUAAUCACGCGUGAAAGUGUGCGCAGUGGUAUGCAAUGCUAAAGAAUUGCAGAUAAGCGAAAAAAGCAAGCGACCGGAGUAAAAGUGAGCGAGCUAAAACCGGCAGGAAAAGAGAAGGCGCCGUGUUUCAAUGUGCGCGCGCGCUAAUCACGCGUGAAAUUAUGUGCAGUAAGGAUGCGCAGUGCAAUACUAAGGAAUAGGCUACUUCCGAGUUCCAAUAACCCUCACUUUCAAAACGAGGCUAAGUGUACAACCUUUAACUUUUCUUUUUGCGUUCCUUCACAGCGUACCUGCUCCUGGAAACAGCCCUCGUCAUAGUCUCCCUCCCAGUCCCCCAAUGUCCUACGAACAGGAUAUCACGGAACUUCGUGCCACGAACACCAGACUACAGGAACAGAUAGACAAUUUGAAAGUAAGAAACUGCCCUCCUACCCCUCCCCUAAGCCAACAUUUUGCCCUAAGUUAGAAGUAAGUGCUGAUGUAAGCUUAGGGAAGGGGUAGGUGGGCAGUUUCCCAGAAACGUAUAAUGAUCUGUUAGCUCUCCUUGGCCUCGCUCAAGCACGAGAAAAUUUGCAAAAAUUGACAGAAAUGAAAUUCAACGCUAAGGUUGUCGUUUAUGUAGCCUGUAAUGUAGGCUUAUUUUGGGUGAGCGAAAGCUUGUUCAUGUUCGUAUCGCUACGAUGAAGCCACCAUCUUUGAUUUUAUGACAGAGGAAGAUUGGGAAGGGUAGAAAUAGUAACCCUUUGGGUAGGUGUGAGGGCGAAAGAAGGAGAGGGGGGAGGGGGAGGGGAGAAAAAAUUUUCUCUUCUUUCUCCCCGCCCUCUCCCCCUCCCUUUCACUCGCCCCAUUUCCUCCUCUCUUCGGGAGUUUCAACAUGGCGCUUUCGCGAUUAAAACCAUUCGCGCGCCCGAUGAAAACGCCUGCACUGCAGGCUAUCGUUUAUGUUGAUAAAAGAUGCAGUUAGCAAUGAUGGCAUCAGCCUUGUACAAAGGAAAGCAAUGCUUGAAUAAAACGCCUGUGCUGAUAUUUCAGCUAAAUUGUAGAGGGGAGAGGAGAGGAGAACCAGUUGCUACCCUUGGCAACGUGAAAUGAGGGAACACGUGAUAUGGACUUCACGUGAUCGUUCAUUAAAAUGGUACUCAAAAACAAGGGGGCUUUUGUUACUGCUGGAUAUCCAUAUCAGACAGAGAAGCACGUGAUUGUGCCAAAAUAAAUAAAAAAAUAGAUCGAUAGAUAAGCGGGUUCAAAACGCGGCACAGCUUUGAAGUUGGAUCCACAUUCCAGGGCAAUAUACGAUUCUGUGCUCAGCCAACUUUCCAACGCUCUUUUGCAGCGUCAGUUAGAUAUUGUCGCGGAAUCGCUUCAAGAAGAAAGAUGCAAUUCCGAGGUUUGUAUUCAGUUUUUCCUUUAUACUUUAGAAUUUCCUCACGCAAUGGUAUAAUUGCCUUAUGCGUUCCUGAACGCGCAAAAAGCUGCCAUUUCUACUUCUUUAAAUUUAGAAUCAACAGUUACUUGAAAAAAUCUUUCAAGGUUUAGGUGCUCGUUGAAGACCUCUCUUUCCUCACCUAAUUUAAGAAAAAUUAUAUUUCUCUUUUCUUGUAUGAUAACAAACGUAUAAGUAUGUGUAAUCAAAUGGUGACGAGUGAAAUUAUUCCCUAAUUUCACGAGUAUACCAUUUGAUUACCUAUUAAUAUCAUGGGUGACGAAUUACGUUAGCAAUCUUGGAUUUUUGACAUGUUUAUCCUGGAUCGUAUCGAUCGAGAACUCCACUCUCUCAAAUGUUUAGACCUUAAAUUUGGCUUAUAAAGUUCAGAAUUUUUCAGACUUUUUCGCCAAAAUACCUGUUAGAAUCCUUCUUGAUGUUCUCUUGUGUGUUCAGGUUAAGCGUGCCCUGACGUCUUCUUUCACGGCAUUUUAAAACUUCGUCGCCAUCUUGACACUGAGACGUACGGAAGGGUUGCCAUGGCAAUUUCGUAAUUUCACAUGUGAAAUUACAAACUAACGCUGAAAUUUCGCGCCAAAAUUAAGGAGUAAUUCGUCACCUAUGAUAUGAUAGCUUAUAAACUCUUAUAAUUCACAAUAUUGGCAGGCUGGGUUAACAAAAGGGUGUUUUUGGUUACUUUCAGCAACUAAGGGAAUUAUUAAAUACUAUCACAACCGAAUGGAAUGACGUGUCAGAAUUACGGCAGAACGAGGUAAGCGGCUUUUAGUUUUUGCGUGUAGAAUUGUCCAUCCAACAGCACAGUCUUGGAUGACUAUUUGGACGCACUUAACCUGUUAUUUCACGCCUUGUGCAAUUCCUAGUUGAGUUUAAGUGGUCGCUGGGCUACAAUCCUCGCCAAGCAUGCUGCAAGGUCAGGACAACGUUCAACAGUGACCUGUGGCCCGUUUCUCGAAAUUCCCGGUAACUUUUCGGGCCCGAAAUCAAGUAUUCAAAUCAAAAUAUAAAGAAUAAGAAGGGCGGGUCCUUUGCUAACAAAAUACUCCAUUUUGUUUCUUAAACCGAUAGUUUUAUCAUGUUAGAUGUAAAACUAUUGAAACCUCUGUCUUGCAUGUAGACAACAGCAGUUUUACGGGCCCGUUAAUUAUCGGGACUUUCGAGAAACGGUCCCCAGGGGCGCUUUCCAUUCAACAAAAAUUCCGGUUUGCAUGAAAUUUCGGAAAUGUCACGUGCCCAAUGGAACGGUACAUUCCGGUUGCAUACACCCGACUCGAGCGACCGCGCGUUUGGUUAUUGUUCUUGUAAGCAGGAUACAAAAGAGCGGUACUGGGGACAACAAUUUUGUCAAAUGGAAAGGACCAUUUUACCCUGGGUGCCAGAGGCGUUUCAUGCGCGGUUUCCGGUUUCGGAAACGACCCACGAAACGAAGGUCGCUCGCGAGAAAAAACCUCUGGUACCCAGGGUGGGGCCAUUUCGGUCCUGCCGACCAAAAUGACCAGAUGUAUGUACCAACCGAAGUUUCCAGAAUUUUGGGUUGAAUGGAAAGCGCUCCAGAUGUCCUUUUACACCUCGCACUAUCCUGGCUAAAAAUUCUUGAAACACCCAUGCAUUUCCCUCUCCUUCUGCAUACAAUAACAUUGCCAAUGCGAAGGGGGAUUUUCCAGAGUAUUUCGAGGUUUUUAUCUGAGAUCGUAGAUAGUACCCUUUGGACGUUUUAUUGACCUGUUUUUCAUCGAUUAAGAUCAAAAGUCUUCAAGAGUGAAGUUUGAACCUGCGCACUCUGUUUUUUUCGCUAGAAUUGUCAGUGCUAAUCAGCGUUUUUUUUAAUGUGUGACGCAGAUGAUAACCGUAAAACAGGAACUAGAGCGAGCUGAGGAGCGUAUUGAACUAGUGGAAUAUCGAUCAGCGGAGAGGGCCAGUGAAAUAGAGGAAGGCCUGGAGUCCUAUGUUACAAAGGUAAGAGCUGCGUUGUACGCCAUACAGGCAUGGCUUCACUUGUACCUUGUUUGAGCAUUCAUGCAGUACAGUGAAAUCCUAAGAAUUAUCGUUAUCCUGCACGUUAACCCUGUCACUGCCAAAUGUGGCCAAAGGCAAGUUUCGACCAAAUUUCCAAAUUUCAUUUUCCAAAAUUGUGAGAAACAAAUAGCAUCAUGUGGAAGUACCGGCAGAGAGCUUUCAUUUGAAUGGUCACAUCGUAGGAUUUCAUCCACAGGCUCAAAAAAAAAAGGUUAGAGUCACCUUACAAUACUCCAUCAAACACUCUGGCAGUGAAAGGGUUAAUUGUCAAUUCUUUUGUCACACAGGUUUUAAAGAUUGAAGCGCUUCAACAACAGAGCCAGCAGAUGAUGGGACUGGACGAAUACUUGGAUCAAAGCGCGCAAGCUAAAGCACUUUUAUCAAAAUUUCUUACCAUGAUGCUGGCCAUCUUACAGAUUAUUCUUAUCAUAUGCACAACACUAGCAAGAAUUGUUAUUCCGUUUACAAGGACCUGGUAAGUUGUGUUGUUUCUCGUCCGAUUCUUCCAAUUCCCUCCCUUCGUUACAUCCGUAUCCUCGUUAACUGACCAUGCUCUGCUGAACUCAGUUGCCUUGGAAACGAAUUGAAAAGCGCCCGCUCACGUUCAAACCUACCUUGUAACAAAUCAGGUUGUCGCAAGUUGCGUGAGUACUGACUUCUGAUUGGAUAAAAUUACGCGAGAGUCUCGCCAUACAUGGAAUAACGUCACUUGUUGUAAAGCAAGUUUGCCUUAGGCCGGUGAAACUCGCAACUUGUACAAUUGUUGUUUGCAAAAAGUAGAACUACUCUCUACUUCCCUCAACAACUUAUCGCAAAAUGCAACAACCUGAUUUAAAUUGUGAGCGGUAAAGCGCACACAACACGGAAAUUCAACUCGUUUUGCAGCAGUGUUUCAAAUCAACUUAAACUUUUUUAUUGCUUGUUUUACCUUAUCUUUAUUUAAUUUGCAGGUUCCGAAUUAUUGUGACAAGCCUUCUUAUUUUAAUCAUUGCCAUUUUAUGGAGAUAUCAAGAGAGUGACAAUGUGCGACUGGUCGUGGAAUGCGUGACAGGACACUUAGCACUAAUGAGAGACAAAUUCGUUUCUCUGGGAAUCCCCUUUCAAAAUUUCGCAAAUAGGUUAUUUCAUAGACAAAAGUUAUGACAAAGACAUGCAAUAAUUCGGAAAAAGAAAUACGAAGGAUAUCAAUAUAAAAUACGAAUUUUUAUUUCCUCCUUGAGAUAUUCGAG